UGGGUGGGGGGGAAAAGAGGCAGCGAUUCUCCGUGGCGGGGACUGAGCAUGGAAGAGCCGCCGGAGGGGCACGGCCACCGAGACGCGGCGCCCGGCCCGGCGAGCAGCAGCAGCGGCAGCGAUGGCGAGAGCGUGCCCGUGUCCCCCAGCCCCGCGCCCGCCUCCCCCGCCGCGCCCUGCCCCUUGCCCCUGCCCCGCCGCCGCCACCCGCCGCCACCGCCGCCGCCCCCGCCGCCGCCGCCCCACCGCACCACCAACUUUUUCAUCGACAACAUCCUGAGGCCGGACUUCGGCUGCAAGAAGGAGCCGCCCGCGCCGGCCGGCGGCGGAGGAGGAGGCAGCCGGGAGCGGGACGGAGAUCGGGGGCAGAGCUCAGGUAGAGAAAACGUCAACCCGCUGCUGGCCCGGCCGCCCAACCCGCCCGCCCUCCUCUGCCCGGACUCGAACUGCCGUCCCGACGGCUCCGCGCCGCCGCCGCCGCCCGCCGCCGCCGCCAAAGCCGGUCCCGCCGCGGCAGCAGCGGCGGCGGCGGCGUCGGGGGCGGCCAAGCCCCCCGCCGACGGGGGCGAGACUCACCCGGCGAAGUACGGGGAGCACGGCAGCCCCGCCAUCCUCCUCAUGGGCUCUAAUAAUGGAGGACCUGUUAUAAAGCCCGACUCGCAACAGCCGCUGGUGUGGCCUGCCUGGGUCUACUGCACUAGGUAUUCAGACAGACCGUCCUCGGGCCCCCGCACCAGGAAGCUGAAGAAGAAGAAGACGGAGAAGGAGGACAAGCGGCCGCGGACGGCGUUCACGGCCGAGCAGCUGCAGCGGCUGAAGGCGGAGUUCCAGGCGAAUCGGUACAUCACGGAGCAGCGCCGGCAGAGCCUGGCCCAGGAGCUCAGCCUCAACGAGUCCCAGAUCAAGAUCUGGUUCCAGAACAAACGGGCCAAAAUCAAGAAGGCGACGGGCAUUAAGAACGGGCUGGCGCUGCACCUCAUGGCCCAGGGACUCUACAACCACUCCACCACCACGGUGCAGGACAAAGAGGAGAGCGAGUGAGGCGGGCGGCCCCAGCCCAGCCCUGCGCCGCGGCGCCGGCCCGCCGGCCGGGAGGCGGACAGGUGCGAUUUAAAAGCAGAUCUAUUGUUUAUCCAUAGUAUAAGGACUCCGAUUAAGAAAAAAAUAAAUAUGAACACUUAAGAAAAAUUAUCUCUAUAUAGCCAAACAGCAUAUGACCUUGUAUAUAUUUAAUUUCAGGUAAGAAAUAUGUGUAGCGAUCUCUAUUUGCUGGACAGUUUCUCUCUUCCCUUCUCUCUAUUUCUUCUUUCUUUUGUUCGUUUGUUCGUUUUGUUUGCUUUCCUUUUUUUCCUUUCCCC